AUGACGAACAGAUUGCCCGAUGAAUUAAUUAUUAUCAUUUUGAAUUAUUGUGGUCUGAAUCAAGAGCCUUUGAAUUUUAAAUACAAGGAAGGUGAAACUAUGAGAAGUAAGGCAGCUUGUUCGAUGGCUCUCUCAUUCAAGAAAGACUCUCCAAUUGAUCAAUAUUUACAGGAUGGUUAUUGGAGGUAUUUAGUGAUGGGUUGGGCAAGACUCUCUCAUCGGGAAUGGACAGAGGAAGUAUUGGCAAAACAAGAUGAAGAAAUACCAUGGCCAUCAACAAUGAGUAACAGAAGUCGAUACGCUCAAUUAAUGCACAAGUUUAAGGAGAAUUAUAAGAGUUUGCAACUUGAAAAGGAAUCAAAUAAUAAGAAUUAUUACGGACAAGCUGAUUUCAAAAUAUUCGUUGGUGGAAUAGCAAAUGUUGGAAAGACAGCUCUGACAGUUCAAUAUGUCAUGAACUAUUUUGAUGGAGUAAAGAUAGAUCCAACUAUUGAGGAAACUACAUGGAAGAAUGCCAUUGUUGAUGAUUAUCCUACGAGAUUAGUUAUUGAGGAUUCUUUCUCUUUUGGAAUGGAAUAUAAAUUUGGAGAGUGUUUCAUGUUAGUUUGUUCGAUAAAUGAUAGACAAUCUCUUACAGAGCUAGAGGAGGUUCUAAAAUCAAAUUUUAAGGAGAAGAAAAUGUACAAAUCCUAUGUCAUUGUUGUGAAUAAGGUUGAUGUUGAUUCUUCAGCAUAUCAAUUUAACUUGAAGGAUGUUUAUGAAAUUUUCACAAGAAAUCCGAAACUAAAGUAUUGUCCCAUUAUCAUGGCAUCCGCUGCACACAAUGAAACAGUUUCCAAUGCCUUCAGUAUUCUAAUUAGAUAUCACAGACUCGUUCAAGUUAUAAAAAGCUUUGAAACUCAUACUAGCCAUCGAAAGAAAGAUAAAAAGUGUAUUCUUUGCUAGUAGAAUACUCUAUAAUAAUUAUUGUAAUAUUAUCUAAUUAAUUGAUUACAAAAAAAUACUCUUCACAAAUUGUUCCUUCUUUUCUCUUCUAGGUUCAACAUCUCCACCGUAAAUAUACUUUUCACGAUGUCUAUUUUGUCCCUUCUUCAUUCUAACACCUUCAUUCUCAGGAACAUAAAUAUUCAAAUCCGGAGCCUUGUCAGCAGUCAAAUUACCUCUAAUUUGAGAACCUGAUGUGUAAAUUUUAACAACUUUUUCAUCAUCUUGUUGGUGUUCUGGUGGCUGAGUUUGAGCCUGGGAUUCCUUUUGCUUUUCCAAAAUUGCUGCUUGUUUGUUUUGUUCCUUUCUCUCCAAACGUUUAGUAUGUUUACUUUUAUCAGUCUUUCUCUGAAAGUCCUCUCUCUUGUCAUCCUUGUUCUUUUCCUUUCUCUCUUGUUUCUCUUCGAAUUGCGAAGAAGAAGAAGAGGUUUCUUGAUCACCAUCUUCUGGGACCAAUUCCCAUCUUCUAUGUUUAUCAAGUGAAUGAGAGACUACAUGUUGUCUUCCGUAGAGUCCCGAGACAUCUUGCCAUUCAAAUAUACAUCCCUUCUCUCUUUCUACAUUUAAUUGAUGACUAAACUUGAGUGUUUGAUUGGUUUUUACGC